UGAAUUUAACAUUUCAAAACGCAAAGAACUUAAUAGUGACAGUGAGAGAGAGAGAGAGAGAGGGGGAGAGUUUUUUAGAGAGAGAAAGUGGGAACUUUCUUCAUCUUCUCCUUCGUUCUUAUAACCCUCGCCUCUCCAAAAUUUCAACUUUACACACCCUUUUCAGUUUUUCAUUUCUUCAUUUCUUCAAAUUCAAAAUCUUUACAGAUACCCAUCUCUUACUUCUCAUAGAUCUUUCUUCUAGGGUUCUUCUCUAAUCGAUCUCUUCGUCUUUGCCUACUUUGAAUUUCUACUCUUUUGUCUUUUUUUAUCGAUUACUUGAGUUGGGUUUUUCUUAGUUUUAGAUCGUUGAUCUUGGGUAGUUUUCUAUGGAUGCAAUGGACUCGAUCGAGGAGUUGGGAGAGCUGUCUGAAUCCAUGCGCCAAGCGGCGGCUUUACUUGCCGAUGAAGAUGUUGAUGACAAUUCUACUUCUGGUGCUUCUUCUCGUAGAGCUACGACUUUUCUCAACGUUGUGGCUUUAGGCAAUGUUGGCGCUGGCAAAUCUGCAGUUUUGAAUAGUUUAAUCGGGCAUCCUGUUUUGCCAACGGGUGAAAAUGGUGCUACACGAGCUCCAAUAAGCAUUGAUCUACAGAGGGAUGGUUCUUUGAGUAGCAAAUCAAUAAUUCUGCAGAUUGAUAAUAAAUCUCAACAGGUUUCUGCAAGUGCUUUGAGACAUUCUCUGCAGGACAGGCUGAGCAAGGGUUCUUCAGGAAAGGGCCGAGAUGAAAUAUAUCUAAAGCUUCGUACGAGUACAGCGCCUCCACUGAAGUUGGUUGAUUUACCUGGACUUGAUCAACGGGCCAUGGAUGAUUCUGUGGUUAGUGAAUAUGCCGAACACAAUGAUGCAAUUUUACUAGUUAUUGUACCAGCAGCCCAGGCUCCUGAAAUCGCUUCAUCUAGAGCCCUAAGAUCCGCCAAGGAAUUUGAUAAAGAUGGUACCAGAACCAUUGGUGUAAUUAGUAAAAUCGAUCAAGCUUCUUCAGACCAGAAGUCUCUUGCUGCAGUGCAAGCUCUCCUGUUAAAUCAAGGGCCAGCACGAGCAUCAGAUAUCCCAUGGGUUGCUUUAAUUGGUCAAUCUGUUUCGAUAGCUACUGCACAGUCUGGAUCUGUUGGCUCUGAGAAUUCCAUGGAGACUGCUUGGAGAGCAGAGAGUGAAAGUCUAAAAUCUAUACUAACUGGUGCCCCUCAAAGUAAGCUGGGGAGGCUAGCCUUAGUUGAUGCACUGUCCCAACAGAUCCGGAAGCGAAUGAAAGUCCGGCUUCCUAACCUUCUUUCCGGGUUACAAGGGAAGUCUCAAGUAGUUCAGGAUGAGUUGGUUAGGCUUGGUGAACAAAUGGUGAAUGGUGUUGAGGGGACUAGGGCUCUAGCUUUGGAGCUUUGCCGUGAGUUUGAAGAUAAGUUUCUCCAGCACAUAGGCUCUGGUGAGGGUGCAGGUUGGAAAAUAGUUGCUAGCUUUGAGGGAAAUUUUCCAAAUCGAAUCAAGCAAUUGCCUUUAGACAGACACUUCGAUAUUAAUAAUGUGAAGAGGAUCGUAUUAGAAGCUGAUGGUUAUCAGCCUUAUCUUAUAUCACCGGAGAAAGGUUUGAGAUCUUUAAUAAAAGGCGUUUUGGAGCUUGCGAAAGAACCUUCACGUCUCUGUGUUGAUGAGGUGCACAGAGUUUUGAUAGAUAUUGUUUCUGCUGCUGCUAAUGGCACCCCAGGUCUUGGAAGAUACCCACCAUUCAAAAGGGAGGUUGUGGCCAUUGCAAGUGCUGCCCUGGAUGGGUUUAAAAAUGAAGCAAAAAAGAUGGUUGUGGCGUUAGUUGACAUGGAGCGAGCAUUUGUCCCACCACAACACUUUAUACGUCUUGUACAAAGAAGGAUGGAAAGACAGCGCCGGGAAGAGGAAGUGAAAACUAGAUCAUCAAAAAAAGGACACGAGGCUGAACAAGCUGUGUCAAACAGGGCAAGUAGUCCUCAAACAAAUAGUCAGCAAGCUGGUGGAAGCCUGAAAUCAAUGAAAGAAAAACCUAGUAAGGAAGAGAAGGAAGAGAAGGAAGGUUCGGGUUUGAAGACAGCAGGUGCUGAGGGAGAGAUAACAGCUGGUUUCUUGUUAAAGAAAAGUGCAAAAACUAAUGGGUGGAGCAGGCGAUGGUUUGUUUUGAAUGAGAAGACUGGAAAGCUUGGAUACACCAAGAAGCAAGAAGAGAGACACUUUCGUGGUGUCAUUACGUUAGAGGAGUGUAACAUUGAAGAAGUUGCAGAUGAGGAAGAGCCUACACCUUCGAAGAGUUCAAAGGAUAAAAAGGCUAAUGGGCCAGAUUCUGGAAAAGGAUCAAGUCUUGUGUUUAAGAUUACCAGCAAAGUUCCAUAUAAAACUGUUUUAAAAGCCCAUAGUGCUGUUAUUUUGAAAGCGGAAAGUGCUGCAGACAAGGUGGAAUGGACAAACAAGAUACGCAAUGUCAUUCAACCAUCCAAAGGAGGACAGACAAGAGGAGCAUCCUCCGAAGGUGGUCUUACCCUGCGGCAGAGUUUAUCUGAUGGUUCCCUAGAUACUAUGGCUCGAAAACCUGCUGAUCCUGAAGAAGAGCUGCGGUGGAUGUCUCAAGAAGUUCGUGGUUAUGUUGAGGCAGUUUUGAAUAGUUUGGCUGCAAAUGUUCCCAAGGCGGUUGUGCUUUGUCAAGUCGAGAAGGCAAAGGAAGACAUGCUUAAUCAAUUAUAUAGCUCGAUCAGUGCCCAAAGCUCAGCCAAGAUUGAGGAGCUUCUCCAGGAGGAUCAGAAUGUUAAACGAAGGAGAGAACGUUAUCAAAAACAAUCCUCUCUCCUUUCAAAACUUACUCGUCAGCUCAGCAUUCACGAUAAUCGUGCAGCUGCUACUGGUUGGUCCGAUAGUGGUUCAGAAAGUAGUCCCAAAACUAGCGGAUCACCUGGAGAUGAAUGGAGAUCUGCAUUUGAUGCUGCUGCUAAUGGUCGGGCUGACUACAGAAGAUCUUCUUCCAAUGGCCACAGUGAUGCCACACAAAACGGUGACAUAAACUCAGGUUCAAACUCUAGCAGCCGUCGUACUCCAAACCGAUUGCCACCAGCACCUCCGCAGUCUUCUUCUGGCUCCAGAUACUUCUAGCAUGGCAUCAGAUCUUACUUGAUGAUUCAUAUUGUCUCUACUACGACAUUGGGUGAUAUUAAGCUCCACUUCAUGAUUCAUUUAGUGAUCUCCUCAAGUUCAUAUUCUUCUAGAAACUUAAAAAGUGGAGAGAGGUUUGUGUAUAUACAACAUUUCUUAGUAUCAGGUUAUACUGUUGUCUUCAUUAUUAAUACAAGACUAGAUUGAAGGGAUUCUUGAUUUCCCCCUUUUUUUUCUCUCCUUUCUUUUAAGGUUUUGUUCUACCAUUGCCCCAUUCAUUUUUGGACAAGAACACAUGUAUUUGAAUGUAUUAGUUAUGAUUUUGUAUGUACUACUAUCCAUUUCUGAUGGGUUAUAUAUAAUAUUCAGUUAUUUCUUAUUGGAA